AUGUGGCUAGUCUGGUUUGUAAAACUCCUCGAUGCCAAUACUCAAACGGAAGACUAUCACUUUACUUGGUUGAAAAAUCCAAGGACUGAUAAACCCUUCUUCAUAGAAUCGUCCCACUGUAUCACUCGCGGCCUACAGGACAAUAUUUAUUUAGACAAUGAUGAUGCCCUACGGUAUAAUGAUCUUAAAAAUCGGAAUUCAUGCACUUGCUUGAGGGAUUCUUUUUUCACUGUAGACAAUUCUAUUCUGUCUAGUCGAGUGGCGGAUCAACAAGGCAAUAUACACGUCUGUCUAGAAGUACCACAUUCAAAGUCAACGUCGUCUCCUAUUCCAAAUUUUAGUGAACAUAAAUGCGCCACUGAUAUGGCUAGCCAUUUUAGCCCACAUACUGCUCUGGAAGCAGAGUUAGCUGACCCAUUAUCCGAUGGCAGAGAUAACCCCUCGUUAUCAGCUUUAGACCGUCAUUGGGCAGCUAGUUUAUCAGGUAUUGCCAUAACAAGGCAAUUUAACUCCCCAGACGCAGUAAUGAAAGCAAGAAAUUUAGGAAAAGUAGAAAGAUGUGAAAAGAAAGAGGAUGAGCGAAAUUUAGAUUCAAAAAAGGAUAUUUAUAUUCAACAAAGUUCCCGCACCAGAUGGCCUCGUCUAAAUAUGUUAAAAACUGAGCGAACAAUCAUCCCUCCAUUUGAGCACGGGGUAGUUAUCCAGCGAAAAAGCAAUAAACCAGAAAUAGGAGAACAUAAAGAGCUACUCAGGCAAAAAGAAACAAUUUUAAUUUGUCCUAUGACAACUUCGAGUACUAGCUCAAUUGACCUGAAUAAUCUUUCUUGCUCUACUUCAAACAACUCGCCUCCCGAAGAGUACAUUCUACCACUCGCCACAACUUUGUCAUCCCACUCCUCUUCAACCUCCUCCAAUUAUUCGGCAUCGUCCUCAUGCCUUACAUCGACCUCUUUACAAUCGACAUGCAAAGGAGAAUCAUCCUCGCAAUCUGCAGUAUUUUUGGCGCCUUCAGUAGGGCAGCUUUUUGAGACUCGUUACACUCCCGGAAAAUCGGAACUUGGAAAACAACUAGUCUCUAAGGCUGAUAGAAAUAAACACAAAAACUACCCGCUGACAAAUUUUGGAAACAAGACUAAAAGACGGAGACGGAGGAAAACAGAAUACUCUAUUAGAAACGAGGAAGAUAUACUAAAAGACGAUAGUGGACGUCAUCAAGGAGUGAUGAUAUAUGGAGCAAACAUGGAAUCAAAAGAUAGACUUGUAACUGUAGAACCUGAAUCUGAUAAAACAGCAGGAUGGGGCUGGCCCAGAACAAAAAAUAAAGAUAGAAUAGCCUAUGUUACGACUUCUCAACUCAAUUCAGAGAUAAAUAUCGCUGGGAACAGACCAAGGCAUCUCUCUCAGCCUAACCGCCGUUAUGUUAACUGGCCAAACCAAGCAGCAGGAACCAUUAAAUCUUCAGAACCGACAGCCACGAAUACCCCUUUCCUGGAAAGAGAAAAGAAGACUAGAGCAAUUAAAACUAAGAGCAAGCACACGACAGAUGUCUAG